AUGGGAAGGAAGCUGCGGGAAAAACAGCCUAGCAAUGCUACAGGGAGUCCAGGCACAGGAAAUAAUCAAGGGUCGUGUGUAUGGGGCAUGCUACAUAUCAUGAAGUAUCACCACUGGCAUUAUGUCAAGAAAAGACUUGUCUACAAGAAGCGUGGCAAUAAUAAAAAUGGUGCAGCUGCAGGAGUUGGAAAUCAUGGGAAUUGUGGAGAUGCAUGUAGUUUUCAGGGUAUACAAGACAAUGAUGCUAAGAUGGAUAAAACUACUACUGCUGAAGAAAAGAUAAAUCCGUUGAGUCCAACGACCAAAGCUUCUGUUAAGGCGCGAAUAAAAACACGAAUUGCUGAAGAAAUGGCUAAGAGAAGCAGACAUAACCGGACUGCAAGCUGUCCAGUAAGAUCACAAUUGACACGAACUGAAUCGAUACAUCAUUUUGAACCACCUUUAACUAUUUAUCCAAUUGCUGAAAUGGUAUUGAAUGAGCCAAGUCCUCGAACUGUUGCUCACGAAAACAAGGAAAGCUCUUGUUUUGAAGAACCAAGUAGUAGUGUUAACAACAAUUGUGCAGAGAGCAGUGCAAUGAGUGUUGGUCAUGGAGAUCGCACAGUGGAUCAUGUCCUGGUUAAUGAGAAUCAAAACGAUGAGCCAUUCAGUCAAGAACAGCUUGACAAUGAAAUAGUACAAGAUAUGUUAGAGAAGAAGUUGAUACAUGUUAAAGAACUUGAUGCAGAUUCUUCGGGCCAUCAAAAGGAGUAUCUAGAGGCUUUGGAUAUAAUCAAUGUAAACAAAGAGUUACUUGUGAAAAUUUUACAGGAUCCGGGUUCUCCUCUAGUUCAGCACUUCCAGAAUCAACAAGCAGUCAGCGCAAGAAUGAGCUUAACCAAGGCAGAGUCAUUUCCUAUGCCUGGUUCAUUAGGCAAAGGAGGUUGGGAACCUGAACCUACUGGUAAGCUUAAAUCCAAGCAUGAGCCAAAAGAUGUUAGUCCAGCUCCAAUGCCUACAUGGUCAACUUCAUUGAAAUAUGCUAGUGAACGGCCAGUACCAUCGCUCAGUGACCACAAUGAGGAGAGUUCAUCUUCCACGUCUCAUCCUCGUUUAGAAAGUCAAGGUGAGAAUCCGGUGGCGAUUAAGCGUUUCAAGGAUCUUAGACAGAAAAUAAAGCAUGUGAUCAAGGAGAGUAAACAAGAGAGUCGACGUAUGAUUUCCAUGGAUGCCAUACUUCACAAGAUUCCUCAUGGUAAAAAGCUUACAAAAGAGCUAGAGCAGGAGAUUGUUAGCCAUUCGAAGGACCCUGCAUUGCAUAGAGAAGGUAAAGAUAGUCCAAGAAGUAGUUAUGGAAGUGAUCAUUCAGUUUCUCUCCUAAAGAAAACUAAGUUGCACCACAUGAGAAGAACAUCAUCUUUCGAUGCAUCACAUGAUAGGUACCGUAGAUUGUAUGAGACGACUAGUUUCAACAAAGAGGCCAAAUGCCAUUCAUCAUCUGAGAGAUUGCAAGUUAGAGCAGAAGAGUCAGGCUCACCAUUCCAGAGCUCACCCUUCCGGAAAGUCCCCAAAAGUCUAGGAAGAAUUUUCUCCUUACCUGAUAUGGAAUCGUACUAUCAGAGUGAGGAAUCUCCAGAUGGUUUUCCUUCUCAAUCGCUAUUUAAAAAUUUUGAAGAUGAAAAUGCAAGCAGAAAAAGCAGAUUUAGUGAACAAAAGACGGAGCUUUCUGAAGUUUCAGAAACUGAGUUACAGCUAGAUCUUCCCAUAGAAAGUGAAGUCCAAGAAAACUUGGAUGAUGCUACUGAAACUAAUGCAGUCACUAGAGAUAAGGUGGAAUCAACAUCAGUUGUGCAGGAUGAUACAAGUUCUAAGGUGCCAACUGAUGAAUUUGAAAAACUGGCAGCAGAGAACAGUGUUUCUCAUACAGAACAAGAUAGUGAUCAGCCUCAUAUACAAGCCAGUACCAGUGUUGCAGAUCCCUCACCCGCCUAUGUCCCUGACAUCAAUGCUCUUCAAGAUAUAUCCAGCCCAAUAUGUUCCCAGUCUGAAGGAGAAGAAUUGGAAUUAAAGCACGAGCAUGGACCAGAUAACUUGGACAACAAGCAAUUGAAGGAGCCUGAUAUUGAUACCGCUAAUGAAAUUAGCAGUGGCUUGGAUACUGAGGAAGUAGAAACACCUAGAAAACACUCGCAUUAUGACAUAACUCAUGUUCAAGUUGAUGAAAGAGAUAUGAUUGAGUUUAAUUAUGUGAAAGAUGUGUUGGAAUUGUCUGGAUUCAAUGGAAACGAGUGCCUUGGGACUUGGCAUGCUGAUGAUGAUCCACCAGUCUGUCCUUUGGUGUAUGUGGGAGUCGAAGGCUGCUUCGUCCUUGAUCCUGAUUGUGUAGAAAAUAAAGAAGGUGGUGAAUGUGAUCACUUGCUGUUAUUUGAUCUGAUCAAUGAGGUGUUGAUGGAGAUUUCUGGGAGGUCAUACAACUACUGUCCAAAUGCCUUGUCUUCGCUAUGUUACAUCCGUCUAAUGCCAGCAGGACGCCGUGUUCUGAAGGAAGUCUGGACCCUUAUAAGCUGGUACUUGAGCUUGAGACCGGAGUUUGAUCAAUCAUUAGAUUAUGUUGUGAGCAACGAUCUAGCAAAGAAUGAUGGUUGGAUGAACCUUCAAUUUGAUUCUGAAUGUAUAGGGAUUGAAUUGGAGGACCUGCUUUUUGAUGAACUUUUAGAGGAAGCUAUCUGGGAGUGA